UUUUGCCUUCGAGGGCUGGACCUUGACUCGAGGUUCUGCUGCGGGGGCGGCAGGCAGCGCCACCAGAGUAGCGCCGGGAGGCCAGUGCAGCUGCGGCCAUGGGGAAGCUCCAUACCAUCUCCCGCGGUUACCGCCAUGGAACGCGCAACGCGUUCUCGAAGAAGUGGAGGUGCAAGGGCGAGCCCGGCGUCUCUCGCCUCCUCGUCAACUUCAAGCGGGGCGACUUCGUGGACAUCGUGGUGGACCCGUCGAUUCAGAAGGGUAUGCCCCACUCCUUCUUCAACGGCAAGACUGGCAUCGUCUUCAACGUCAAUCGCAAUGCUCUCGGCGUGGAGAUGACGAAGAUUGUGGGUAACAGGCAGCUGAAGAAGCGCAUCCACGUGCGGGCAGAGCACUGCAAGAAGUCCCGGUGCAACGAGGCCUUCCUCCAGCGCGUCAAGGUCAACGACCAGAAGAAGCGGGACGCGAAGAUGCUUGGCAAGAGCCUGAAGCUUAAGAGAGAGCCCGAGGGACCUAAGGAGAUGAAGAUUGUCAAGGCCAAGCCCGAGGACGUCGUUGUGCUUGCGCCCGUGCCCUUCGUGGAAAACUACUUCUGAGAGCGCCCUGCCGCGAUGCGACCGCACGUUCUGGAUCUGGCUGGCGUCUUCAGUAUGGGUGCGGUGCUCAUGGCGGUGUCCCUGCUGAGCCUCGUCCUCCCUCGUAAUCGUUGCUCCUCCCCCGCUCCAGUCUGAGGCGGGGGCACGGUGGCGGAUAUUGGCGCCUCCCGGCGCAGUCUAGGGAAAACGACCACGAGAGCUGCUGCGCUGAGGC